GCCGCAACCUUCUCCUUCCAUUACCUGAUAUGCACCAGGCGUCAGGGUAAAUCAGGCGGGUAUUACGGUAGCCUGAUGGCGGUGGAACUUAUGAUGCGUUCUAUUAUUCAGUAAAAGAUCGCUUCGGCCAUGUCUCUGCCUCUCCCGCCGGCAUCCCACCUCAAAGCGAUCCUGCUGGUGACGCAGUCGCGAUCUCUGGGUCCACGCCUCGUAUUCCAUUAUCCGCCAUUGUCCCCCUCCGCCGCUGCUCUAGCAGCGAACAAAGUGCCGGCAUGGUUCGGCAACGAAGCAACAACCGCGAGCGUCGAUUCGAACAGUUCCGGUAGCGAUUGGGACAGUAGCACAGACAACGAUGGCGGAGACGAGGAUGCUGAGGUCGGAAGUCGAACCAGCGGACGUGGCUCAGGACGCACGAGUUUCCGAGAUCGCGAUAAGCACAAGGCUAGUGGAGGCGGGAUAUGGGGACGGCAGGAGACUAUAGAUGAGGAUGAUGCUGGACUGGAUGAGUAUGGCAACCUUAGAGGAGAUGGGAAGGAAAUUGGCGGAGACCAUGACUGGGAGACCGUCCUGGGGUUCAAAGUUGAUGCUUUGGAAAAGAUGCUUUGUCCGCCCAAGGCAUUCAACAAGAGACGGUUCGAAUUGGGUGUAGAGAGCAUUGUCCUCCUCGGAGCACCUAUGUUCGUGAGAGACGACGGGCUAUGGAAGAAAAGACGACGGAAAAAAGAGAAGAAACGGUCCACGAAAGGUAGCAUAGAGGAUGCCAAUCUUCUGGCUAACCUGAAAACCGCCGAGACAGAUGAGGGGUCAACGCAAGAAGGAGGCCAUCAUACGGAGCCCUUUGUGUAUCCCGAAGGUUAUGAACCUGGCUACGGUCACGGUCUCAUGUCUGGAGCUGCUUCGGAGGCAGGUUCGGACGCUCACAGCUCCUCAACAACCGACCAUGCGCGCGACGAUAUGACAAUGUUCAACGUCGUCUUUGUCUUGAACCCUCCAGCCCUGGAGUACCAGUACCGGGUGAAGGAGAUGUAUGAUAAUGUUACCAGGAAAUUCGCCAAAGCACUCAAAUUUGAACAGGCCCGUUGCCAGUACGUGUGGAAAGAAUCUAAGAAGAUCAUCCACAUCAAGCAGAGAGCCAAGGACAAUGGUGAAACACUUUCGACUACCUGGCGGGAGAUUAUCAAUUCCUCCCCUCUAGCAAAGUCAGUCGCAGCCCUGUUCGAUGCUAUCUCCAACGACAAGAUUGCGCAUAUCUACUUUGAUGAAAAAUUCAACACUUCCUUUCAAAUACCUCAGCCUGACUCGACUCCUUUCCUCCCAAGUGCCAUGGAACCUCAAAUGCCUGGUCUUUGGCUUACGACGUCUAACGUUGCGGUUGAUGAGGAUAAUGCGCCAAUGACACAGCACGCCGCAUUACUUCUUCUCCAGGACCCGGAAACCCUCGUGAAAGAUCUGGAAGCAGAUGCAAAGGAACGCGCCGGGUCCUACAUCCGGAAUAUCGUGCCGACUAAGAGUCUGCAGAAGCUUUCCGUGAAGCAUAACAUCCGUGCGCACGAGAUGGAGUACAUCGCCAGCCAUCUAGUCUAUUGGAGGCGAGCAAGGUUGAUCAAUCCGCUUCAUCCUCGAGAUACGUACAUCGUAUCUCCGAAUGCAGACCUGAGCGCCCUCCCUGCCGCAAUUCCGGCGUACUCAGCACGCUUCCCGACUUUACCAUCUCUUCCCAAAAUCCUAAAUCUGCUCUCCGGUACACCGCGGCCGUACCGGACCUUUAUACCUACCAAUGAACAUCGAGAAGCCUACAUGGAGAUCUUAGCUUGGCUCAUGCGCGGUGGAUGGGUGACGCAGCUUCGAACAUAUGCCUGGGUACGGGUGAGUCCAGAGAUUAAAGCCCUUGUUGCACAGGAUAUGGAGCGAGAAGCCCAACUUAAGAAAGCAGAGGAUGCCCGACGGGAGGCGGAUGCCGAUUCAAUGACCGGAUCCAUAUACUCAGAUAAACGCGCCAGCCUGCUUUCAGCUGGGCGACCCUCCACACCCAUGAGGCGACCGCCAAGAAGAGAAGAGGAUGAAGAUAUGGAAGGUGGGAGGAUCCUCUCUCCUCGGUCGGCAUAUCGUGGAUCUCCAGCCCGGCCCGCCUCCGAUGCAGGAAGCACAAGCAGCAUCCGUACGACCGUUCCUCUCUCUUCGACUUCUGGUCAUCCUGCAUCACCCGCACACACAGCACACGCGCAGACCAAGCUUCAUCGACCCUUGCCUUUGCAGUUGAAAGGCACGUCGCCUUCUCGAGGCCCAACCACACAUAAAUUUUCCCCAACAUCACCCUCAGCAUCCCGAUCCCAAAGCAUCAGCGGCAAUCCCGGCGGCCCAACAUCCCCUCCCCCUCUUCCUCCAUCACAUACGUUCACCCCAUCAAUCGUGCUCUGUCCGCAAAAGGCAAACGCUCUUGAAGCCCGCUGGCUCGAGAAGAUCGGACAAAGCUUCCAAGACGCGGAAUUGCGCGAAUACUGGCCCAUGCUGCUGAAGCACUUGGACGGGAAACAUGCGAUGGAGGACAUCUAUGCGAGGGAAGGGAUCAAGAGAAAGAGGGUUGCCGCGUUGGUCAGUGGGGUGCGGGAAGCGGGCUGGUUGGUGGUCGCUCGGCACUGGUAGUGAGGCGGAGUCCUAGGUGUUUCGUUCACUUUUGAUACCCUUUUUAUUGUCAGAGAGCUGACUAGCUAUGUGAUUAGAGACGGGACUGAAAGGUCGUAUCGCACAAUACGAAUCCAGCACGAUCGUUUCAGUUGCUCGAGUUCCCUAACGUGCAUACCAGUGCAUUGUUCCUUCAAAGUAAAAUGUGAAAUAUGCGCAUCUCGCCGUAUCCAAACGUACCUCAAAUUCCUACAUCCGACAUCUCUGACUCUUACCCUCUUGAAAUGCUCCUCAUUACUCGUAACAACCAAGCCCGACUCACCGAUUCCCUGCGUCCCUCCCAGCUUUUCACUGCCUCUUACUCUCCUCGCCCUCCCUCCUCAUCCCCUCGCACCUCACGAGCUUCCCCGCCGUCUCCUCGACGCCGCCAAAACCCUGCCUAUGCGGAUCCCUCUUGUCCCCCGCAGCCCUCAGCGCGUCCACGGCGGCCGCUUUGUCGUGUGCGCCCGAC